CCCGCCGGACUCUAACCGGUGUAACUCCCCUCUGACACUUCAAAACAUAACAGCUCGUUGUGUUUUUGGCCAGCGGGCUGUGAGAAAGUGUUGUUUGUGCCCAGUUUUCCGUCGCCAUGCCCGUUCCCAGUGACGAGCUGCGGUGGGCGACGCUGGAGGCCCUGCAGCGGUCGGAGAAGGGGAGGCUGCGGUACCGGCCGGACUGGGCGGACCGGGCCGAGGACAUCCUUGCCGGCUACAGCGAGGCCCACAGCUUGUCUCCGCAGGCUGGGCUCGUCCUGCAGCGGCUCGGCCGGCAGCCCCUGCAGAAGUCCUUCUCUCUGGGCUCCAGAGACUCCAGCUCCGGCCUCAGCGAAGACAUCCCGGCCUCGCUGUCCUCCACUGGCUCCGUCCCGUCCGUCAGCGGCAAGAACCCCGUGCUACUGGAUCUGUCAAAGACUGAGAAUGAACCGGUGGACGAGCCGGUCGUCAGUCCAGUUUCCAGCCCCGCUUCUCCGCCCGCCAUCUCCCUGCUGUCGCCCAGAGCCACGCGCAUGGCCGGCUGCAUCUGCAUGCGCGAGGAGCAACACCAGGCGCAGGCCAAGACGGAGCUGCGGCUGCGGCAGGAGCAGCAGGAGCAGCUGGUGGCGCUGGUGGCGAGCCGCGAGUCGGAGCAGCUCAAGCGCUUCGAGGAGUUCAUGGAGCUGAAGCAGCGGCAGGAGUACCAGAGCGUCCGCGACAUGAUGGACCGAGAAACUAAAGAGAGCAUGGGCCGCCAGGAGAAGCUGAAGGAAGAGCAUCGACACAGAAUGAAGAUCCUGAACCUGCGGCUGCGGGAGGCGGAGCAGCAGCGUCUGCGGGAGGCGGAGCUGGAGCGCCAGCGGCAGGCGGAGGGCCGGGAGAGGCUGCGCAACCUCAACACCAUCCAGGAGGAAAUCCUGCAGCUCAACCAGCUGCUGGAGCCGUCCGGCCAGACCAAGACGGGCCCCGCCGGCCCCGAGCUCAGCUCCUACAGCACCCGGGGCAACCAGCUGUGCUCGCAGGUGUCCGAGGUGGUGCGGACCACCGCCGAGGGCGAGUUCCCCAGCGUGGACGACAUGACGGUGGCCGAGCGAGCGCUGCACGAGAUGCGAGCGCUGAUCCGGCUGAUGCAGGAGGAGACGGCCAAGGCCCAGGAGAAGAAGAAGAAGGAGCAGGAGGAGGAGGAGGAGCGCAGGAAGCAGGCGGCGCUGCAGGCACAGCAGGAGGAGCAGAAGAAGGCGGCGCAGACGGCCAAAGAGAAGGCCCAGAGGAAAGGCCUGCAGACGAGCGCUGAGGACAGCACGCUCAAGUGGCUCAAGCAGCUGCAGGACAUGUCGGCUCAGUGCUCGCAGUCCUUCGAGGACCUGAACGCCGCCCGGGACGUCCAGACAAAGAAGCUGAAGAUGGAGCUGCAGAAAGCAGCCACCAUCCCCGUCAGCCAGAUCUCCACCAUCUCCGGCUCCCAGCUGCGAGAAGUCUUCGACAAGAUCGACCGGCUGCUGUCGGGACGGGCCGUGGUGUCGGGGGGCAAGUCCAUCUGCACCUCGCAGCACCCCAAGGCCCUGGACUUUGUCACCUUCAAGCUGGCUGAGAAGUUUGUGAGACAAGGAGAGGAGGAGGUGGCCUCUCACUACGAGGCAGCUUUCCCCAUCGCCGCCGUGGCCUCGGGCAUCUGGGAGCUGCACCCCAAAGUGGGCGACCUCAUCCUCGCCCACCUGCACAAGAAGUGCCCGUACGCCGUGCCGCAUUACCCGGCCAUGAAGAACGGCAUGUCUGUGGAGGAAUACCAGAGGGUUCUGGGAUACCGUGUGGAUGACUCCGGGGUCGAAGGUCAGGACAGCUUCCUGAAGAGGAUGUCGGGAAUGAUCCGCCUCUACGCCGCCAUCACACAGCAGCGGUGGCCCUACGGCUCCAGACAAGGGCCUGGUCCUCACGGCCUGAAUCACGGCUGGCGUUGGCUCGCUCAGAUGCUCAACAUGGAGCCGCUGGCCGACGUCACGGCGACGCUGCUGUUCGACUUCCUGGAGGUGUGCGGUCACGCCCUGGUGAAGCAGUACCAGGCUCAGUUCUGGAAGCUCAUCCUGCUCGUUAAGGAGGAAUAUUUACCGAGGAUUGAAGCGGUGACCAGCGCCGGGCAGAUGGGCUCCGUCACAAGACUCAAACAGUUUCUAGAGACGUCACUGCAGAGCCGGCAGAUCAGUCCGCCCAAAGGCCAGCUGACCUCCUCCUUCUGGAGCUCGUGACGGAGCCGGAGUCCAACCUCGCCGCGGGAAGCCGCCGCCACGCACCGACCCGAGAGGUGAACCUGCUCUGCCGGACGCUCCGACGGGAAACCAGCCGCCGUCCGGAGGCUGGGACUCACCGGGGCGGAAAGCGAAGCCGGCGUGGAACAUUGUGGACUGAGCGAUGGACUGGAAAGAGACGUUUUGAUUCACUAAAAUCUCAGACAAAACUACGUCCUCAUCAGACUCGCCUGCGCCUGAAAUACUCAGCAUCUGACUCGCAGCUCAGAGUUUUACGAUAUGCAAUUUAUACACGCAAAAAAAAAAAAAAAAAUCCUGUCUUCCAGUCAUCAUGCAUGUUCACACUUGGUUUGAAGUUUGCCUUUUCGCAUUUUGGCGCCCG